AUGUAUGAACAUUCUCAUCCCCAUACUACUACCACCACAAUCGUCGCCUCAUAUCAUCUAUGCACAGCAAGAGAAAUCAAAAAUCGAGCAAAAUUUUCCAUCGCCUUGCCUCCCGGAACUUUAGACAAGACUGAUGAUCAGAAAAGAGAAAGAGAGUGUUUCCACGCCAUGGAUCGCAUAAUGGAUGCACAUCAUUUAGCUAUGUCAUAUGCAAUAUGUCGUAACGGAAAACGAAACGUUGAAGAAAUGUUGGUGCUUUAUGCUUAUUUCACCCUGCGCUAG